GUAAAACAUGAGGAUCACACAUCUGCUUUUUUCUGCUGCCUCUUACGCAUGUUUGGAUGCUUCCUCUUUCUCCGUGUCUGUCAUUUACACACAGUCUGUGACCGCAUGUGUCUUUGACCAGAGACUCCGUCUACAUGGGAAAUGGGAAGGUGCAGCUGGAGCUUUGCCAAGAAGCAAGAGUAGCAUGCUGCUCCUGUGCUCCAGUCAGAAGAGAGCAGAAGGGCAUGGUCUUAGUCAGCCACUAAACAGAGGGACACACACACACACACACGCACACACACACAAACAUGUGUUGGCUCUAUCUCCGUCGACCUGAGCCCAAAACCACAGGGGAACAAUUCCGUGUAUGUAUGCUGGAGGGGCCGCAUUAAAGGACAAAGCAACAGAUGUAUCUGAAAGACUGGAAGAAUUAGAAGUCCUAUAAAUCCAUAUAACUCAGCAUGCUGGAGAACUACAAGACCUUCUCAACAACUGUGACCAUCUCGAUCAAGUGAGGCUGUUCUGAGCUCAUCUUCCCCACUAAUGGCAAGAAUGAAGAGGGACCGGUUCCUGUUGGCCAUCACCUUCAUCAUCAUUCUGACAGUUGAUGUCUACUUUGUUCUGCUUCCCAGGCUGAGAGCCUGGUAUGACUAUUCCAGGGGUGGCUGUAACUGCAAUGGGGUUAAUGGUAGUGUUGGCUAUACUGAACAGGUCCCUCACAAAAAGACAUUGAGUUCCUACCUUGUCUCUCAAAAAGGAUCCAAGCUGAAGAGGCUCUUUAGCCAUCCACUGUAUAAUAUUCAUCUGCCAGAGCUAACUCCGGAUGAGAUAUUGCUUGAAGAAGAGGAGCUCAUGGAAUAUUACAGGAGGAAAGUGACCCGCUGGGAGAGACAGCAGAAGUUCUACAUUGAGGCCGCAGCAGCAUCGAACAUCUCAUUGCCAGAGCAACCUGUAAACUUUGAUCCUGAUUCUAGCUGGCUGCAAUUCCAUUUGGGGAUCAACCGUUAUGCACUGUAUUCCAGAGAUGACCAAAACAUUGAUAAGCUACUGCAAGAUAUGCAUAGUGCCACUAUCAUUGGAGCAGAUUACACUCAAGAUGAAAAAGCUUUAAAGGGAGCAUGUGACUGCUCGCAAGUGGUUAAGCCAAGUGGCCAUCACUUGAAACUUGCACUGAAAUUGCAAGACUUUGGGAAAGCGAUGUUCAAACCUAUGAGACAGGAACGACAUGAAGAGACACCCAAGGACUUCUUUUAUUUUGUUGACUUCCAGAGACACAAUGCAGAAAUUGCCUCUUUCCACCUGGACAGAGUCCUUGAUUUCCGGAGAGUUCCACCUGUCGUUGGGAGACUCAUUAAUGUCACAGGUGAGGUAUUGUACACCACCUACAACGAGGAGCUCCGUAGUGUCUUCUUCACCUCGCCAGCUAACAACACGUGCUUCUUUGCCAAGUGUUUGUACGUGUGUAAGACUGAAUAUGCAGUGUGUGGGCAUCCAGACCUUCUGGAAGGAUCCAUGUCAGCCUACCUACCUGGAUUGAGUGUAGCACCCCGCAUUUCCAUCCCCAGCCCCUGGAUCCGCUCUUAUACCUUUACUGGAAAAGAGGAAUGGGAAGUAAAUCCAUCAUACUGUGACACCAUCAAAAGACUAUACCCCUACAGCUCUGGAAAUAGACUACUGAAUAUCAUUGACAUGGCCAUAUUUGACUUCCUUACAGGAAACAUGGACCGGCACCACUAUGAAAUUUUUACCAAGUUUGGUGAUGAAGGUUUUCUGCUUCACCUUGACAAUGCGAGAGGGUUUGGAAGACACUCCUAUGAUGAAAUGUCAAUUCUGGCACCACUGACCCAGUGCUGCAUAAUCAAGCGCUCAACGUUGCUGCGGCUGCAGCUGUUGAUGCAACCAGAGUAUCGUCUCAGUGAUUUGAUGAGAGAGUCUUUGGAUCGAGAUCCACUUAGACCCAUUUUGACUGAGCACCAUCUACAGGCUCUUGAUCGGAGACUGGAACGUGUGGUCAAGUCUGUGAGUAGAUGUGUGAAGAAGCUUGGGGAAGCCAAGGUGGUGGUCACAGACUUCAUGGAGGCCUCCAGUGCAGCUACAGAGCGAAACCACAAAAUAGCAGGUGAUGGAUGAUGACAAGAGAAAAAAAAAGGAAACAUGUAUAUAUAUUUUUAAAAAAAGAA